AUGAUGUUUCCCUAUCCAUCCGGUGAAUACUACGGCAAUCCGACGGUGUCUUCUACAUCACCGGCGGUAUCUCCGAGCUAUCCACACCCUGAUAUGUCAAUGUGUACUCCAAUGCCUUCGCCGUUCUUUCCCCAACCCAAUCAACCGGCGCCAGGCCAGGUAUCACCAGGGGGAUACCAACGUCCGGGAGGCCAUUCUCAGGCUGUCCAGCAAUACUUGCAAAAGCAAAUGGAGGAGUCCGCAAGAAUUGCGCAAGCCCAGGCCGCCUAUUUCACCUGGAUCCAACCGUUUCACUACCAACAAGCUCAUUUCCCUCAUCAACAUCCCGGAGCUCCAAAUUCUCAACAAAUGCUCUACCAACACCCGAACGCUAUGACACCACAAGAUAUCCAGCAAGCUUUCGAUGUGGCAGGCGACAAAUACAAAAGAGGACGAAUUCCAUUUACUCAAGAGCAGGUGAAAAUGAUGGAGGCGAGAUUCUCAAAAAGUGAUAAAAUCUUGAUUGAUGAGCGUCGAACCUUAGCAAGAGCUAUCGGUUUGACACCGAAUCAGAUCAAGAUCUGGUUCCAGAAUCGGAGAUUCAAGUUGAGAAAAGCGGAGAAGGAGAAGGAGAGACUUGAGACUGAGUUGAUGGAUAAAACUGGAAAGUUGACUAUCAUGAAGAACGAUGAAGCCGAGGAGGACGACUUCCAGGAGAACGAUGAAAGCAAGGAUUCUUUCGAUUAG